AUGUUUCAGAAAUACGGCUACACGCACCUUUCUGCUGGUGACCUCCUUCGAGAUGAACGAAAAAGGCCAGGCUCACAGUAUGGAGAACUCAUUGAGAACUACAUUAAGGAGGGGGAAAUUGUACCGGUUGAAAUAACAAUCAGCUUAAUCAAGAGGGCUAUGGAUCAAACAAUGGCUGCCAAUUCCCAGAAGAACAAGUUCUUAAUUGAUGGAUUUCCCAGGAAUGAAGAUAAUCUUCAAGGUUGGAAUAAGACUAUGGAUGGAAAGGCGGAUGUUUCUUUUGUUCUCUUUUUCGAUUGUGACAAUGAGAUAUGUGUUGGCCGGUGUCUUGAAAGAGGCAAAAGCAGUGGUAGGAGCGAUGAUAAUCGGGAGAGUCUGGAAAAGAGAAUUCAUACAUAUCUGCAGUCUACUAAGCCUAUAAUAGAUUUGUAUGAGAGAAUGGGGAAAGUCAGAAAAGUGGAUGCCUCUAAAUCUGUUGAUGAAGUUUUUGAAAAAGUUGUACAAAUUUUCGACAAAGAAGGCUAAUUCCCAGCUUGAAAGUUCAUUUAAACUUGUGCUUGAAUCUUGCUUGAAUAGCUGCUACUGCAGUCCAUUCUUUGUAAUUGUUUUAAAAAUUUUAUUGUUUUCCACAUAUUUACUGAUGAUUGGAAAAGCAAUUAAUUACCAAUGGAUCUGUUUUUUAAAUAGGAACUCAUUUCUUGUGGCUAUAGUAUAUAAAUUUCAGGGUUAUCUAUUAGUACAAGUUCAGUUACUCAGAUGGCAAAACCACAGUUAAAACAUCUCUCUGAAGAGACUAUUUAUUGUCACAGUUCUGUGCCUGUCAUGGGCAGUCUUUAUUCCUUAUUGCCAUACACCUAUUUAUUUAUUUUAAGGAUCAACUAAACAGCAGCAUUAAGAAAUGAGACCUGUGCCCUUGUUUGUUUUUUGGAUGCUUGGACCAAAUUUAGCAGGUAUUUUUUUUGGAGUAUAAUUUCAUCACAAAGUUCCCUGUUAUCCCCAAACCUGAAUUCUGUAA